AGUUUUUGUCCCUCGGCGCUUGUCGUAGUCAGAGAGGGAGCGUCAUGGCGCCCAUCAUCUGACUCCAAACUUUUGACGUGACAAACUUUUUUUAAAUGUUUUUCCAGCAAGUAGCCGGGUCCGGGCCGCUCCACCUUCCUGUUAUCACGCCAAAUCGGAAAACAAUAGACGGACCGGCAGCGACGACGGUGAAAAUGUAACCGGUAAUCCGUGCUACGUUUGACCGGCGCGAGGAUGCGUCGCUAACGGCUAACGGACUCUAAGCUAGCUACUUUCAACAAGUUAGCUUAGUUUUGUCGACGCGAUAUCUGGACCUGACAGACGGUUAUAACUCGUCAAAGUUCAUAUUUUGGUGAAAAUGUUUCGUUUUCUUCGCUACUGUGUGAGUCACUGCCUCCACGCAUCGAUGACCCGGCUGGAGGAGGUGAACGGGGAGGUGAGCGUGUGGUCGUCGGUCCGGUGGUUGGGUUACCUGUCCGGGGUCAACCUGCUGGUCGCUCUGUGUUUGGGUCUCUACACUCGCUGGGAGAAAACAGCCGAGUCCACUCUUCUCGUCAUCCUCGUCUUGGCUCUGGUUGUCCUUGGAGUUGCGUGUGUUGUGUACUAUCACUUCAGCAUGGAGAGGGUCAGUCUGGGCCUCCUCCACCUCUGGUUCGGCUUCUUGUUGGGUCUGCAGUGUUUCCUCAACAGCCCCGCUCUGGAGGGGGACUUGAAGGAGCAGGUUGCCAACUACCUGCUGCUGGUCAGUGUGGUUCUGAGGACGCUGUGGGCGCUCCUGGACAGGCUCUUUGGAUGCACACGGUACCGCCCUGCCUUUCUGACCUCUGCGGAAAGGUUGGAGCUGGCGGGUUUCGCCACCGCCAGCACGGUUCUGCUCAUCCAGAAGUCCAUCAGCGUGAUGGUGUUGGUGGUGGCUCUAGGCAUGGUCAUGGUUGCCCUCAGGAUGAAAGCUCUCCUGGCUCUUGCCAACUUGGUCUGCUUUGGUGUCAUCACAGGCGUGCUCUUCUUCAAGUCCCUCAACAUCAGUACCAACCCUUAUGCCCUCGCCUGCUUCUUCAGCCAGCUCAUCUGUGACCCUCUACUGGAUGUCUACUUCAGUGGUCUUUCUGUGACUGAGCGCUGGCAGCCCUUCUUGGUGUGGAGGGGGUUCUUGCGCCGGCUGUCCCUUCUUCCUGUGCUGGUACUGGAGGGGACCUUCAUCACUCUGGCCGCGCGGAAACUGACAGACCUGGACCAGUGGUACCUGAUGAUCCCAGGCUUCGUGGUCUGUGCGCUCUUCUGGUUCAUCUGCCACAUGGUGUUUGUCAUCACGGUGUGGGGUUUUCACAGCAAGCUCAGUGACUGCCAGAGGCUCUGCGUGUUUCAGGGGGCGGGGGUCAACGGCCUAGACAAAGUGAUGUCUUCCAAGGGCAUGAGACACUUUUGCCUCAUCUCUGAACGCCUGGUGCUUUUCACACUCGUUUCAACUGUUGCUCUGGCUGCUCUCUGCUGGCAGGUAAAGGCAACCAGACGUAAAGAUGUGUAUGUUACUCUGUUAAUGUGAGAUACCAAAUAACAUCAUAGUCAGGUGCAAAUAUGACUUGACCCCCCCAAAAAAAAUUCUAACAAAAGGUUGCUUAACUGUUUUUUAUAGUAUUGGAUGUCUUUAAUAACAUACUAAAAGUUUACCAAGGUUGGACCGGUAGAAAAGGUGUCAUUUUUAUUUUGAGCUUUGAGCUUUUUUCGAUUGCGCCUUUUAACCAAGGUUAAGCCUUUCCUCAGCAGGAAGGAUCUUGAAAUGGCCAGUCCGUGCUUUUAUCAAUGCCAGGUUAGAUUAUUGUAAUUCCUUAUACUUUGGUAUCAAGCAAUCUUCUCUUUCUCGUAAUCUUCCUCCAACUGGUACAAAAUGCUGCAGCACGCCUUUUAACCAGCAACCCCGUCACAGUUACAUCACUCCUGUUCUUCUUCUCUCCCUGCAUUGGCUCCCAGUUAGAUUCAGGAUCAUUUUUAAACUUUUAAUGUUUGUUUUCAAAGCUAUCCAUGGUCUUGCUCCAGUAUAUCUGUAUAACAUUUAGACAACACUGUAGAGCCCUCCGGUCCUCAGAACAACCGCAGAUGGAGAUUCCUUUCUCAAAUUUUUAACGGUGGGGGGAUUGUGACUUUUCAAUAACAGCCCCGACAUUAUGGAACUCUCUACCCCCCUGAACUACCUAUUAUUAAUGACUUAUUUAUUAUUUGACUGUGUAAAGCACUUUGUUCAUCUUUCCAGAUGUUGUAAGGUGCCAUAUACAUAAACAUUAUUAUUAUAGUUAUGAUUAUUAUUAUUUUCACGAUGGCAUCCAUAAUGGGUUGGAAGCCCGGGGAGACUCCACAGGUGAAUAGGGUAAAAAUUUUAACAAACAGAUAUCAACAUGAAACUUCCCCAGUUUAUACCUUACAUUAAGACAAAUAUUUUUUGUAUUACAAGUUUUGUCAGAUGUUAUGUUUGAAUGUGUAAAUGAUGUAAUAUCUAAUUAAAUAUGCACUAAUUUGAAUACAUUUCCAGAACCAAAAACUGCACAAUGGAAAAAGCCCUUUUCAAAAUUCUUGUUCUAUUUUGUUGACAUACUAGAGUAAGAAGGGGGGAAGACGGACACUUUGGAUCUCUCUUUUUAUCACUCUGUAACGAGAAAAUACUAUCACCACCCCUGAAAAUUCAAGUAUCUCUAUGUGUUUUUUUUUUUCAGGUCCUUAAAAUGACCAUCAUUCCUUUGUAUUCAUUCUAGGCCAGGAAUACUGGCGCCUGAUACAUGUUUCCACCAUGUAAUAUUCUAGUUUGCAUAUUUGUUAGAUAGAUAAGUGAUAACAAGUACAACUAGUGCCCCACGGGCAGUCUCUCAUGGAGAUAUUUGAAUUUUUAGGGGUGGUGAGAGUAUUUUCUCAUUUACAGAGUCUCCUCCUCCCCCCUUCUGACUCUAGUAUGUCAACAAAAUAAAACAAGAAUUUUGAUAAGGGGUCUUAUCCAUUGUUCAGUUUUUGGUUCUGGAAAUAUAUGCAAAUUAGUGCAUAUUUCAUUAGAUAUUAACUCAUUUACAUAUUCAAACAAAACAUCUGACAAAACUUGUAAUACAAAAAAUAUUUGUCUAAAUGUAAGUUAUAAACUUGGAAAGUUUCAUGGUGAUAUCUGUUAGUUAAAAAUUUUACCCUAUUCACCUGAGGUGUCUCCCUGGGCUUCCAACCUAUCAUGGACGCCAUCGUGAAAAUGACACCUUUUUAGUGAUCAAACUUGGGUAAACUUUUAGUGUGUUAUUAAGGAUAUCUAAUACUAUAAAAACAGCUAAGAAACCUGUUGUUAGAAUUUUUUUAGGGUUAGGUUUUUAUUUUUUUUUAUAAAUGCACCCACCUGUCAGUCAAAUGUUAUAACACUGUUUGUUUGCAGCCUGUGCGUACAAAGCUUUCCAGUUAAAUGAGCUUCAUUUGCUCUGUGGUUAUGACAGUAAGUCAAUAACGAGGUCUGAAACAGAAUCCAGACAGAUGUAUCAAACAGCAGAUGUAGAUUUACCAAGGAAAUAGUUGUAUAAAUUAUUUAUAAUUGUCAGUAAUAAUGACCAUAAAUCCUGAUUGUGCUCUGCAGGCAUCCAGCAGCAUCUUUGUCAGCCUGUUUCUGCUCAUUCUGCCUCUGGAGUCUCUCUUCCACGGACUUUUCCAUGAGCUCGGUAACAGCCUGGGAGGAACCUGUGUGGGCUAUGCAGUGGUCAUCCCCACUAACUAUUGCAGGUACUUAGUAAUAUAUUUAUACCAGAAGAUAGGGCUGGGCGAUAUGGGAAAAGGUUGAUCACGAUAUAUUUUCAGGUUCCGUAAUCCUGCAGUAAGAGGUGGCUGAGUUUUUAUUUUUUAAUCAGUGAGUUGUAGUUCUACACUUUGUAUAUUCCACACAUUGUCUGGUCUGUGCUGAGUGACUGAGCCAAACAGAUGAGACUGAUCACCUUCACUAUCUUCCUCCCUGUCUCAGUCCUGACGGUCAGCCCAUGCUGCUGCCUCCCGAACAGGUGAACGAUCUGAACAAGCGCUCCACCGGCAUGUUGAACAACGUGCAGCGCUUCUUCGCUCAUCACCUCAUCGAGGCUUUCGGUUGCGACUACUCCACCAGCGGGGUGACUCUGGAGGCGCUGCAGGCCAAGAUUAAAUCCUUCUUGGAGCUUCGCACAGCAGACGGGCCUAGGCACGACACCUACAUCAUCUUCUACAGCGGGCACAGUCACCGCUCGGGAGAGUGGGCGCUGGCAGGUGAAAGUCACACUGAAGCAGUUGUUAUGAGUCAAAGUUGAUGAAACAACCAGUUACAUGGAAAUAACAGAGUAAUUGGGGUACUGUUAUAUGUAUUUAGUUUCACAUAUAGUGUUUGAGUUUGUAACGAGAGCUUUGUUGUAUUCCAGUAAUCAGAGGAUCUCAUUGAUAUGUGUUUUCUGAAAAUACGAUAUUUACUUGUUUACGUAUUCCUGCAGUCAAGUUUGUGUCUGUGUUCCCCAUCAGGUGGAGACACUCUGCGUCUGGAUCAGAUCUUGGAGUGGUGGAGGGAGAAAAACGGCGCUUCCUGCUCACGCCUCAUCUUUGUGCUCGACUGCGACAACUCGCCUCCGUGGGUGAAGGAGGUCGGGAGGGUGGAGGGCCUGUACGUGGCCGUGCAGGGGGCGACGCUCGCUAGAGUGACGGACGUGGAGCAUCAGGACCCCCCACAGCUCGGGGACUUCACCGCUCAGUGGGUGGAGUACAACUGCAAUCCAAAUAGCAACAUCCAAUGGUUGGAGAGGGGGAGGGCGGUUUCUGCCACUUACGGCAUCUCCAAACAUUGGAGCGACUACACCCUGCACCUGCCGACAGGAAGCGACGUCACCAACCACUGGAGCAUGUACUUCCCUAGGGUGACCUAUCCGGUGGUGCAGCUGGCACUGUGGUGUGGCGGUCUGAACUUGCUGUGGUUCUGCGGCGUCUGCCUUCGAUGUCUCAAGAGAGUCAAACUCAACUGGUUUCCUCCAGCCAUACUGGACACCGGCCAGGGCUUCAAACUGGUCAGAUCCUAAAAAACGCAAGAUCUCCCUUUAUUGACAAGAUUUUUAAAGAUAUGAUUAUUUUCUUAAUAUCGACGUGUUGAUGGACCUUGGACAUAGGCAGCUAUUGGAUUGUAAAUUUUAUCAUUAACCAGCAGCUUGUUAUUUUCUGUAAAACUAAUUUCUUAGUUACUGAUGAUGAUUUUUUUUAAAAUACCAGCUUUUUAAAUAUUAUUUGCAAGUUAUUCUAUAUUUGUUUAAAUAUUUUAGCUUUGAUGUAGAGAUCCAAACGUCCCUGAAAAACUCAAGGGCUGAAAACAAGCACAUUGACACUCUUUUGCACAGUUGUACAAUAUUCGCUGUCUUAUUCCACCGUGAUUUCCAGAGCAUACGCGUUGUGCCUUUUACUCUAAAAUCAAGCUCAUUUGACUGAUCUUUUUAACCUUAAACCAAAGUGGCCGAGGUACAUUUUCAGAGGAAGAUCUCAGGCUAAAAUAAUAUAUUUUCUAAGAUGUCUGUUUCUUUCCUGAAGAAUUUUAUACUGUUGAUUUCAUAAGGAUGUGAAAUGACUCCACUUUUCUGCACUAUGCAUCCUCCGCUUCAUGCCUUGAGUUAGGUCAAUGCACUGCUUUGCAUCUAUCGUAACAGCCUUUUGUCAAGCUUUCAGGGGUGUUAUAUGAGUACUAUGCAGCUGCUUCUUCAGGGAGUCCUGUACUGAUGAUUGCACUACAAGCAGACACGCAUGAGAACUACAGUAUUUAUGUGAUAAUAAACCUCAGGAAUCAACUGUAACACGUGAGGGGGUUUAAUUCUCUUCCUGGGGUUUAUUGCUGACUGUGAUAUGCAUUAUUUUUUAUCAGUUUGAUGUGUUUACAAAAGGCUUGAAGUGAGAAAAUGAGAUGAAAGAUGUAAAAACUAUGCAAUAAAGGAGACGUGGGACUUCGCUGCUUUAA